AGCACGGAUAUGACACGGAAAUACCUAUCAACACGCCCAUGUGAAGUUCUGCAGCCGCUGUUAUCUACCAAAAGUAUUAUAACAAGGCAGGACCGUACACAUACUCGUGCACGUAUAUUCUCACUGGAUGCGGCGUCUAUGUGCUUAUGAACUGUGAUAAACUAUGGCUUCCAAAGCGGUUUACUUGCAUAGAGACCCUAUGCUGAAGAAAAGAGAUGACUUUGAGGACAUUUUGGAGGAGAGGAGGAACUCCAGCGACCUGAGAUACGCUCUCAGAUGUUACACUCCCGUUCUUUACAAAGGAGUGUCUCCCUGCAAAGCAGACACGCUGAAGAACAUGGUGCUUCAGUCUGAUCAGCUGCACUACGUCAUCAAUCAGGUUUCCAAAGAGAUGGGCAGGGCUGUCGAUGACAUCCAGGAGGAGGCAUCAGCCAUCCUGGAGGAGAUGGCUCAUUGCCUGCAACUCAGCACUGUUCGCUUCUUCGCCUUUACACUCAGCAAAGUCUUUAAAACCUUGUUCAGGAGCAUCUGUGUCAAUGAAGAGGGCAUCCAGAGGCUCCAACAGGCCAUUCAGGAGCACCCGGUUGUCCUGCUGCCCAGUCACCGUAGUUACAUGGACUUCCUGCUGAUGUCAUACAUCCUGUACACCUACGACCUGGCUCUACCUGUCAUUGCUGCCGGCAUGGACUUCAUGGGGAUGAAGUUUGUGGGGGAGAUGCUGCGGAUGUCUGGUGCGUUCUUCAUUCGGCGGUCCUUCGGAGGAGACAAGCUGUACUGGGCCGUCUUCUCGGAAUAUGUCAAGACCAUGCUUAAAAAUGGAUUUGCACCUGUUGAAUUUUUCCUAGAAGGGACCAGAAGCCGAACAUGCAAAUCUUUGACUCCAAAGUUAGGUCUGUUGAAUAUAGUGAUGGAUCCAUACUUUAAAGGGGAAGUGUUCGACAUGAGCUUGGUCCCGGUCAGUAUCAGCUAUGAGAGGAUCUUGGAGGAGGCGCUCUACGCCAGAGAAAUGCUUGGUGUACCCAAACCCAAGGAGUCCACUUCAGGUCUGUUUAAAGCCAGGAAGGUCCUCAGUGAAGACUACGGCAGUAUUCAUGUCUACUUCGGUCAACCUGUGUCCGUCAGAAGUUUAGCAGAGGGCAGAAUUAACCGCUGCCAAUUCAACCUGAUACCAAGACACGUCCCCAACAGGCCUAGUGAGGAUAUCCAGAGCUUUGUGAAUGACUCGGCCUACAGGCUGGUCCGGGCCCAGGAGGAGAACAUGGUCCUGAAGCCGUGGGUGCUCCUGGCCUCUCUGCUGCUCCAGAACCACCACCAGAACCAGGCGUCAGGGCAGAAACCGGGGGUGGCACUGGACGAGCUGACUGAACAAGCUGUGUGGCUGCGAGAUCUUUCUAGACAGUAUGGGGCCUUCCUGCACUGGCCUGACCACGUGCCUCCACCAGACGUCAUCUCCUCCAGUCUUUCCCUGCAUCGAGGUCUAGUGAAGAUGUCUGAGGGAAGAGUGCAGCUGGCAUUGGAACAAGCAGGGGGACAGGCGGGGCCAGGGGAGCCUCGCAGCACUCUUACCACCCCAGAAGAGGAGCUCUUGAGCCGGGCAGUCAUCGUACUCUCCUGUGCCUCCUACAGGAACCAGGCACUGCACGUCUUCCUCCGACCGGCACUGCUGGCCUCGGCCAUCCACACUGCUGCCUCCAACCAGAAACAGGAGGUGUUCAACAGCUUCAGCUUCCUCAGAAACAUGUUCUCUAAUGAGUUCAUCCUCUGUCCUGGAGCUACUGUGCAGGACUUUGAGGAGGCCUGUUUCCUCCUGGUGAAGACCGGAGCUCUGCAGGUCACCCAGCAGGAGGUUCUGGUGACGGAGAGAGGACACAGGACUCUGGUGUUCCUCACCAGUAUGUUAGAUCCCUUCUUACAGGGAUACCAGGUGGUGUGUAGGUUCCUGUGUGAAGAGGCCCCCGAGGUGCUGACAGAAAAACAGUUUAUUCCUGCCGUCCGGAAGUUCAUCAUCAAACAUCUUCUUGCAGGUAGACUAAGGUACACGGAGGUGUUGUCGUCUGACCUCCAGAAGAACACUCUGGCGGCUUUGCUAAGACUUGGAGCUGUACGGAAAAUCAAGGGAGCGGCGCAGGGAACUUUAAAGGUCAACAAGGUGAUGGUGAACUCACUGGAAGACACUCUAGGUAAGAAAGAAGCAGGAAUAAAACAGCUGCUGUGGAUCUCACCUGGUGUUUAAAACAUCUUUGAUUUGUCUGUUUGUCCAGGAGGAAAACUCCCAACUCAGAAAGCCGUCGUCGCUCGCCUCUAAUCCACCGACCUCAUUAGCCAAAGGAGACUGAGGAGGGGUCGAAUCUUUUUUUUUUUUUUUUUUUACCUCCACCGAUGUAAUGCGACGACGUCUCACCUCCUCUCUACGAUGCGAGUCAUAAAGGACGUCCAACUGCUUUCCAUAAGAGGUGGAACAAAAGCCAUCUGGAGACCACUCAACCCGGCUUUUUAUUUUAUUUUUCUUUCGUUUCUCAACUCAAGUCUCUUUUCAAAACUCCUUUUUCUUCCUAAGACUCUUCUAUUAAAAACCUUUUUCUAUACAUACAUAAAACCAGAUGAUGAGUAAGGCCUUUGAGGGUAUAUUGCUUUUGGCUCAUUCUGAACAACUAACCUUUUGCAGUCUUGUGAAAGCUUCUGAAUGUGCCAGCUCCACUCAGGAUAGUGGCCAUUUUCUAUUAAUGCAUUCAAUAUGAAUCCUCUAACACUCAGCACAGCUUUUCUUUGUGUGAUUCUCAGUCUGCUCUUUCAUCUACAUUUCAGUUUGUCUGUGUUUGUUAUUAGCUGUCUCUCCUUUUCUUGUCUCUCUUUACUUUGAGCACUUUAAUGAAUUUAUUCAUGCAAUGUGGUGUGGACCUGUAUCUUAACUGUCUUUCUGCACACUGUUUUUCUCCCUUUUCCUCAUUUUUUCCUCUUUCUUUUGACAAGUUGCUAAAAUGAAUUGAAAAGAAAAUUAGAUUCUGGUGGAAAAAAAAAAAUUUCUUUGCAAUGUAUGAACUAAAAGUUUAUAUAUUUGAGUUGAACUUGCCACAACCCAAAAGCCUUUUUGCCAACCACACAGACAAGCAGUACAUUUGUGUUUGUUUACACAGUGGAGACGAUGCUUCAAGUCUAACGGAGGUGUCGCACAGUUGCCAAACUCCAGAUGAAAUAUUGAACAUUUUGUUAUAGUGAAAUACUACCAGCUACACCAAAGGUGCAAGUUUUUGUUGAAUCUUUGUUCACUGUUGGGGAUAAUUUACAUGUUCUCUCAUGUGUAGAAUAGUUACUGAAGUUGCUUCAUAGUUACAGAGGUUUUUUUAAAGUCAGGAUAUAUUUAAAAGAUGUUUAAUAGUCAUCCUUUAUUUAUAUUCAUAGAACAGAUACACACCUCAUUUAAUUUUGUUACAAGGGAAGGAAGACGAGGCAAAAUCAAGGAAAACGGGAGCCGAAACUCCAGAGGAACAAAUGCUAAUAAAAUGUCACUGGAGCAGUAGAAUAAGACUUUAUGCACAAGGAGUUUGAGAAGUAAAUGGGCCAACCGGUGAUUCUUUUUUUGAAGACUCAGGAUUACCUCCUUAGCCAACACAUUGUUCAUAAGAGUGUAGUCUUUUUUUAAUCAAAUUUUCCAUAUUGAAACUAGAGUAGUUUAAAAAACCCCCUUCUAUUGAAGCUAUUCGUUUGGAAGCUAACCAGCAGUGCAAUCGUGUCGCCUUGAAAUCCCAACUCUGUGUCAGCGGCAGAUUGAGUUUUACUGAUACAAGCAGAGCUGCUCAGGACGCAGAAAACGUCCAAUUGGUUGAAUUAACAUGGUCAAACCAAACAGCCACAGUUUCUCUGGCACUGCAUCUCAACAACAACAACAACAACAGAGGUCCAAUUUUGGUUCCUGGACCAUAAUUCCUACCUUUCAAGUGGGGACAUUUUUGACGCCGGUGCCAAUAUGAUUCUAACAAAUUAAAUUUCUUUGAUUCUUCUCUUUCAGGAAUAUAAACAUGUUGCUCUACAAAAACUCAUAUUUCUGUUUAAUGAAAUAAGCCUAAUUUUCUCAAAUGCGUCAUUUUGAAUGCCGUCCCAACACAAGCAGUCAUGCAAGAACUAUAACUAAUCUGACAAAUUAAAAUACCAUCUAGAAUUUAAAAGACGAAGGGGAAAAAAAGUCAGUACUCGACACGUUGGGUUGGUACUCAAAGUAUUGAGAUUUGAUGCGGAGCUCUACUGGGAAGGCACCGUUCACAUGGAGUAACUGUUAACCCUUCACAUCCAUGGUAAACCUGCACUGAAAGCAGCGUGUAGAGAUUUCACAAGCCUGACUGAAAGCUUUCUGAAAGACCAUGUCACACCAACACUUUUUUUUUGACUGAUCCCGAAUGUUCCUGUAGAAACAUGAUGUUCCCUUUAACAACUACAACAAACAGAGUAGCUACGCCAAGUUGUUUAUCUUAAGGUUUAAAUUCUCUUCUGUUUUGCCAAACUCAACUUUCACUCCUAAAUCAUAAACUUGCCACAUAUUUUUCAGAUCGCUACCUCCGUCUUCUUUGAUGGCCAAAUUUGAUAGUAACUCGACUUGUAUGUUGUGAAACUUGAAACACAGUCAACAUCAAAGCCGCUCUGCAUUUCAGAAAUCUUUGUACAACUCCAAUCUGCAUGUCAACACGUCAACCAAAGUGCAAGUCUACAGUGUGACUGUAUUUCUGGUUAAAUUGUUUAUUUUUUUGUUUUUUUUAAAGCUUUUAUAUAAUGUCUAAAUAUUUGACUCCUUUGUGUAUUCGUGUGUGUGUGUGUGUGUUCAUGUUGGGUGAGGCCUUUUAGUACUGACUGUACAGGCUGAUGAAAUAAAAGAGCAUGUUAUUAAAGUGUUUUGAAAUACAAA